AUACUUGCAUAUGCCCAUAUUACCGUCUGAGUGCAUAACAUAUUUCUGUUAUAAUCACGGAUCAUAAUGGUAACAAACAGCAUCUAUCUUUAUAUAAAUAAACAUUGCCCUCAUUGAAACCUUUUUUCCAACACCCCCUAUUUCUUGUUUUUUUAUGACCUCGCAUUUAUUGUCACCUCAAUUUUUUUUACAUAUAAAUAUAAAUUCAAUUCUAUUCUAUUCAACAUAAUAAUAACCAAAGAACCUUACCUUCUUUGAAAAGAAGAAAAGAUGGGAGAGUGGCACUCUUUGCAACUUAAAGUUUUGUAUGAAGUUCUAGGAUGGGUUGCAUUUGUUGCUUGGUCUAUUAGUUUUUAUCCUCAAGUUAUCUUGAAUUUUCGACGAAAAAGUGUGGUGGGACUAAAUUUCGACUUUGUGCUAUUGAAUUUGACAAAACACUCAUCGUAUUUGAUAUACAAUGCGGUACUCUUCUUUAGCACGGCUGUUCAGGCUCAAUAUCGUCACAAGUAUGGGUCUAACGAGAUGAUACCAGUUGCUGCAAAUGAUGUUGCAUUCUCUUCACAUGCAGUCCUCUUGACUGCAUUUACCCUCUUUCAGAUUUUCAUCUAUGAGAGGAAAAAUCAGAGAUUUUCUAAAAUUGCAAUUGGGAUUGUCUGCAUCAUAUGGUUUUCUGCCGCGGUUUGUGUAUUUGUAGGCAUUCACAGACAUUCAUGGCUCUGGUUAAUCAAUGUUUUCAAUACUAUUCAGGUUACUAUGACAGUCAUCAAAUAUGUGCCACAGGCUGUCAUGAACUUUCGACUAAAAAGCACUGAUGGUUUCAGCAUCGGAAAUAUUUUACUUGAUUUGCUGGGAGGUGUGACAAAUUAUGGUCAAAUGGCUAUGCAAUCUAUUGAUCAGAAAUCAUGGGUCAAUUUCUAUGGAAAUAUAGGAAAAACUCUACUAUCUUUGGUUUCGAUCUUCUUCGACAUUAUAUUCAUCAUUCAACAUUAUGUACUCUAUCCAGCAAGUAAAAAGAAGGAGAAGCUCCCUAUUCAAGCCCCAAGUUCAGAAACAAGCUAAGCUAAUUGUCAUUAUUUUAUCAAGUAUACUUCAGCAUUCAAACAAACUAAAGCAGGCCUUUGUUUUAAGAGAUUAGAGAAACAGUGCAGCUUUUGUGUGUAUAUACGAGAAGAUUAAAUUAGAUGAGUGAUUUAUUCGUGAUUAGCGAUAUAAAUUCAAGUGUUAUGAGUGUUAAGACAAACACAUUAGCUGCUGGAUCGGAGGUCUAAUUGUAAUCCAUAUAAGCGGUUGUAAUUGAAUAAAUGAUGAGAUUGUAUGUUGUCUAUAAAUAAUGAGAUUCAUCCUAUACACAUGUUAUUAAUUA